GAAUAGCAAUGAGAAGCCACUGAAGGGUUUCCAGCAAGCACAGGGGCACAGCCUACAGAUUAUAGGGAUAUGCAGACAAAGAAGUGCGGUGGAUUUGACCCCAGCUUGAACCCAGAGUCUUGUGGGAGUCUGAGUGGCAAAAACACCUUGGAUUUGGACUCAGAGACCAUGAAAAGUAAUCUCUUGGAAGAGGAAGCAGAUGAAGAAAAUGUGAUUUUAACCCUGAUCCCAGUAACAGAGGAAUUCGAACAAGGAUUCAAUGAGGAAUCCAGCAUCUCAUCAACUGCAGAUUUCCAACAUGACAGUAUCACACCCAUGAGUUCCAGGAACAGCAAUGCAGUCCACCUUCCCCAAAUGAAUGAAGAGCUCAAAGCGUGCCCCAAACCUAAGUAUAGAGCACCAGCACCUCCCUUGCCGACCACUUUGCCCCCGGUAAACCAGGUGACCCGGGACACCUUGCGGAGCUGGUGCCAGCAGUUUAACCUGAGUACCGACGGCCAGAAAAUAGAAGUCUACCUGAGGCUCCAGAGGCACGCGUACCCCCAGCAGCAGUGUGACAUCCCUGGAACACUAGAAGAGACUAAAGUGCAGCUAAAUUUCAAGAAAGGCAAGACUGGUAGGAAAAGGCGUGUGAACCCUUUGGAUAGGCGCAAGAAAGAGGAGGAAGCCAAUGUAGUUGAAGUGGUGUCUUCAGCUCAGGAGUCCAUGUUGGCAUCCUGGGCCAGAAUAGCAGCGAAAGCCGGUCAGCCCAAAGCUGUGACUUCCUGUCCCAUUCCUAGUUCCGUGGAGGCCUUCUUGCAGCAAGCCUCUGGUUGCAGGUGGUGCGUGGUCCACGGCCAGCUUCUCUCUGCAAAUAUGGCGGGCUGGGUGCGUCUGCAGUUCUGCGGGGGCCACGCCUGGGUCCCCAGCACUCCCAGGAGGAUGAUCUCCCUUUUCUUGUUACCAGCCUGUAUCUUCCCAUCCCCAGGAACAGAAGAUAACAUGUUGUGCCCUGAAUGUGUGCAAAGGAAUAAGAAGAUAAUGACAAAAUUAAUUAUGGAAGAGAAAAUGAAACAUCUUGUAGGAGACCAGAAUACAUCACCCCAAAACAUGCCUCCUUAAUCAGUGCUAAAGUAUCACUCCGAUCUGAAGGCAACAGAGAAGAAGCAGGCAGGCAAAGAAAAGUGUUCUGCCUUCCCAUUCUUGUCCAAAACAGAACAUAAGCAUACGCAUACUCAUGUCUCUUCGUCUCUACAGGGUCCAUGGUAGAGCCCAAAGGUAAUCAGAGCCUUCUAGACAACUGCGCUGUGUGAAUCUGUCCUUGUGUCCAGCAUCAGACUUAUUAAGUACUUACCCAUAUAGAAGCAAUUUGCUUUGGUUUUGUUGUAAUUAAUAUAUAUAUGUAUAUUUU